AAUUGCAUUUGGAAAGAUUCGGAACUACCAAAUAUAUUUUGAAUUAUAUUUUUAAUAAUAAGGAGUGGAUACUCUAAAAGUAGAAUUAAUAUUGUAUUAGUUAACUUCACAUUUCACAAUGUCGUUCGUCCAAACAACAAAUAAAUUGUCAUUUUUACAAAAAGUAAUCAUCAGACACAUUAGCUGCAGCCAAGUAAUGUUAAUAAAACAAUGGCGCGUAGAACGAGGCUUACCAAUCAACAAAAAUGCUGAAGGAAUGCUUACUGAUGGGCCAGAUUAUACCUUCUUGGAUGGCAGACCAACACCUCUACUACAAAAACAGAAGAAAAGAAUGUUACAGCAGCGAGAGUUUGCUUCCAAAAUAGUUGAGCUGUCUGCAGAACUUGACUUUGCUAAGAAGAGAUAUCAAGACAAUUUAAGAGCAGAACAAGAGGAAAGAGACAGUAUCAUCAGAAAUAGACUGAGACCAAAGGGGAAGGCAUUAAAAGAAAAUAAAUAGAUUUAAUAAGAAGUAAUUUCCAAUGAACAGUAGUUAAAUUAACCAAUAAAUCAUUUACCUAGUAAAUAUAAUUCA